GGUACGAUACGAUGGGUACUGGGCCUACAUGUUCCCGUACAUUGGUCCUGCUCGCCAGGCCCGUUCACCACCGUGACGAGCUAGAGGUGCAUGGGGUAUACGCCCCCCUGAAUUAUAGCACCGGCGCGGUGCCGACCUUCGCCCCCUCUCGACCCGUGCAUAUCAUACCAGCUUAUUUGACUUAUCCAUUCCGUUUACGAUUGUGGGCAAAGUUGAUAAGCAAAGUUUGUAAUGCCCAAGUCAUCGGGACAUCAUGGAUUGAUGGGAAAAAAAAGACCUCUGCACGACCACACAAAAUCGGCAUGAUCGGAGACAAACUGCAGAACUGAUUUAAUCGAGUUUCUAUAACUGCCAUCGCUGUUCACUUGUCUGCAAUCUUGCAGGGUUUUUUUGUCACACCGUCCCACGUACGUACAGUGAAGUUCGUCUUUUUUGAAAGCUGGCAAAAUAUCGUGUGUACAAAAUGUGUCCAUGGUACAAGAGUUAAGUACAUGUACAGGAAGUCAACUUCAAUCACAAGUGUUAGGAACAAACUACGCGAGCUGUUUAGCAGGUUGUUCAUUGCUAUUGUGUGUUACUAUAAGAACUUGCACCCGUGAACUUCAUUCGGUGUAUCAAUAUUUUUAGCUGCCGAUGGGACAAUGGCGGAACCAGACCAGGGCGGUGCCAGACUGGACCCUAGAAUCAAGGGCGAGCUGGAUAAACUGAACAGCACUUCGGAGGAAAUCAACCGCUUGGAGAAAGAACUUGAUGACGCCAGGCAACAGUUUCGCGUGACACUGACUGAAUCAUCUCACAAGUUGAGCGAGGCGGCCAAGCGAUGCGGCAAGUCGGUCAAGAAGGCCAAGUCGUACCACGAGGCGCGAAUUAAGGCCAAGAAGGCCCACGAGAAGGUGCAAGAGGCAGCAUACGCGUACCAGCGGGCCGUGGGGAUGUUCAGGGCGGCUAAAGAGACGAUCACCAUAGCGGAGGAGACGUCCAUGCAGGGAAACAAGAAGAGAGAUUUUGAUUCGGCCCUUCAGGAGAUGCUGAACCAUGCUACGGUCAAGCUGAACGCUGCUGAGCAGGAGAAAGUGCGAGGGCAGAAGGAACACCAGCAGCUAUCCAAGACCUACGUUAAGUCGCUGGCUAAGGUUGAACAGCUUGCCAAGAAGCUACGUAAGAGUAUCGCAAAAUCCGCAGCCUACUACGAUCUCAGGGAUGCCUUCUACUCCCGUCUGGAGAACCUCAAAGAGUCGGUGGAGAAUCGCCAGAAGCUCCUGGCCAAGUGCAAGAAGCGAUACCGGGAGGCGCUCCGGAAUCUUGAGAGGAUCUCGGAAGACAUCCACCGGACCAGACAGCUGCAGCUAGAGGCGUCCUUGACUCUGCAUGAGAGGAGCUCUGGGGUGGGAGCUGAGAGUGAGACGGAGGCAGCGAGAGAUAGUGAGGAAGAGGAGGAUGAACUCUUCACACCACCAACAGGUGGCAAAGACGAGCCAGGAAUCCAAGACAAUGCAGUUCCGGUGCAAGGAGCUGUCGGAGGCGCCGGCGCCUCCCGUCAUUCCUCCUCCUAUUCCUCCUCACCAGAAGAUGGUGAACCUCAGUCCCCGAUCCUCACAGAGCACGGCCUGCCUACCCUCUCCCGGAAGAUAAAGCGUGAGGAAUCCGACCCAGACUUCUAUCAACCUAAAGUCGCCAUCUCUAAGCUUCCUGGGAUACUCCCUGAUGAGCAAGAGGUGAUUGAGGCGACUUUCCGAGGUUACAGGUCCUUUGAUGCGGAGCUGACCCAGGAGGAGGUCACUGCCUUGAGGCAGGCUGGAGGAGCGGAAGCCCCGGUCAUUAUGAUCGAAUCCCCGGAGGGAGUGGUCAGUGAUCAUCAAGAUGAAGACAGCGAGGAGGAGGAGCUCGAAAUAUACGAACCUGAGGAGAUUGAGAUGUCAGAGUUGGGUAACGAAGAAAGUGAGGGUGAGGGUGAGAACAGCGUGGAGAUGAAGGCAUUCCAACAGGAGACGCAGCUUAACGGAGACGUAGAGUCCGAAUCAUCAUCUGAGAAUACAGAAGACGAUGAGGCAACAGAAGACAUCUUGGCAAACACUGAUGAAUUUAAAGAAGCAGUUGGAGAUUCAGAACUGAACGAGGAUGGAUCAGUGUCUCCCAGUGACGACAGCCAGAUGCAAGGAGUGGAAAAUGGCCAUGAGAGUCCAACGGAAGAAAGAGUAAGAAGCAUGUCCUUCGGGUUUGAGAAGACUCUACAGGAUGAAGAUCAUUUUGAACAGCCGGAUCUUCUACCAAGUCCCAUCAACAAAUUCCAGGUCUCGGAACUCGAGAGGCCCGCUUCGCCUGCGCUUUUCCAGUACCGUGCUGUAGAACAUAAAAAGGACGUGCACGAAGCUGAAGAAAAGACCACCUUCACAUUCCAGCCCAUAAUUUCACAGAACGACGCGCCAACAACCAGUAGCAAACAAGAAGACAAUACCAAUGAAACGGACUGACCAAUCAACGAAGAGAUGCGACACCGCGAUGUGAUUUUUACUCUAUCUGCGAUUCUGGUGUUGAUUCUGUCGCUUGUCUUCGUGAGUUUGCAAAUCGUAUUGGUUGAGAAGCUACACUCGAAUCCUAAGUAAUUCCGUAUCAACCAAUGAAAAUCAGCAUUUCAAAAGUUGGCAACCUUAUUGACCAAUUAAAAUGAUGUAAAUAGGCAGGAGACUGACUUCUUACUUUUCAGACGUUCUGCAAUGCGACACAUACAAUUUUCAGAAGACAGUAGUAAAUAAUAUUUUUUCUUUCUUCAAUUUUCUUGACAUCACCAAAACAGUAUUCAGUAUAUCAUGACAAUGCACAUUCACAAUAAGACAUAUCUGAAUUAAAAUGUUAACCUUAAAAUAUUACCUAAAUAAACUUAUGCAGCAAUAAUGACACUAUAAAAUAUAUCUAAAAUAAAACAAAUACAGAAACAAUAAAAGACGAAAAUCAAUCAAACAUCAGUGACAAGCCAUUCGCGUCAUCAAGACAACAUAAAGGGUAUAUAUAUUUGUACACUUAUUACAUGUACUUCAAACUGUUCGCUCCAAUCCAUUUUGCACCCAAUUAUCUUUUAACUGGCUGAUACUUCAUUUGGAGAUAAUAAUCUUGUACAGUGGCUAGUCAGGAAAUGAGUCAUUGACUAAAAUAGAGAGUACUUCCUGACUCCAAAACAAAUCAACCCACAGUGGUCCCGGAAAGUAAAAAAGAGAAAAAUGUCUGUGCCUGAUGUCCAAAUAAACAAUGAAAUCAAAGUUCAGAUGAAACAAAGGCUAAUUAAUGGACUCUUUAAUGGAGUCUUUUA